AGAUCCAGGACACAGGGUGGAAACUUGUCAGAACUUAACAUCCAGCCAGCUGGCAAACUCUCCGGAAAUGGAUAAGCACGUGGCAUUCGUGGUCAUCACCGUGUUCUGGCUGCUAUUCGCCAUCAUUGGGUUCCUGGUGUCCUACCGAUACGAGGAGCGUGGUCUCAUCCGGUGCUGUGUGAUCCUCACGGCAGUGUGCUGCUACUUGGCCUGGAUGGUCACCUUCGUGAUGCAGUUGAAUCCACUGACCGGACCGCGAGCCAAACAGAAGAUUGUCCUAGGCAUGAUAACCUACUGGCCCAGGUCCAUUAUCCAUGAUGAAAAGGACCCCUAGAAUCGCUGCAGAUUAUAUAUUUUUACAUGCAGGCCUAAGUGUCCUAAAUGUUCAUGUUUGGAAACCAAUCGUUUUAAGACUAUCUUCUUAAAAAUAAUAGCAAAACUUUCUGUAUCCCCGUC